GAGGAGCAGCGUGAUGACGAGGAGCGGCAAAGGGAAAAAGAAACGGCGAUCUAACCAGCGGCGGCGUGCUGCCAAGAUUACCAUUAUUCCCAUUACUAUCAUCACUCUAAAUUACCAUUACUAUUAUUACCCUAAAGCAAUAAAGCAUUGCGUAUUCUUCCCUGCAGUUGUGUAGUGGUGGUUUUCAUCAGCUUCGCUGGACAUCCCCUUUCGCAGGACCGGGAUGGCGAGUCAAUUUUUUUUAUUUGUUUUUUUUUUUUCUUGACUUAGUUACGCCACCGGCAGUUCGGCGGCGUGCGAGCCAGUGACGAAUGAUGAGAUUACAGAAACUGGCCGCUGCAACGCAUGCGCAAAUAUCAGAACAUCGUGGUUACAAAGCGAAGAUCCGGGACACCGCUUGCCAUUUGCGGCCCUGCUGAGCGCAUUGUGGACUGGUAUUUGCGUGUUAGCAGCGCGAGCAUGUGGUUGACGACGUCGCAUGGAAUACGUGCCCCACUUGGCCGGAAUCUUGAAAAAACUGCAUGGAUUCCCCCGCAGGACCGCGCAACUUACGAGGCGUGUUUCGAUACUUCGCGUAAGCUGCUUACAAGGAUGUCGAAGACAGCGUCGCCCAGCUGCUCCAGAGUCAGCCUUUGCGGUUGCCGAGGGCUUGGGACUUUUAUUACUCUGACGUAACCUCACGUGGGCUCUUGCUCAGCAGUUUUUGCACGCCAUUCAAGCUCCUGGAGUAUAUGCAACCCCGGGCGUGCGUUUCAGCCCUUCGGACGGGUGCUCCGAUAUGUCCACGCCUUUGGCCAACGGCUUCCCACCCACCAGCGGGACGUGCAUAAGUCGUGCAUGCCUCUCACUUGUUUCUGUGCUCGGAUUCCAGCCGUCGGUGAUGCCCGCACCAUUAACUGCAAACAAGGAACUUUGAACGAGGAACUGCGUCCAUGGCAAUUAACCGAGGACCAAUGAAACUGCCGUCUCGGCGAGCUUCGCCAGCGCUCAACCAAAAACAUACAAGAUGGCCCGGACGCAACGAAACAAGGCAACUAUGGGUCAUUUAGGUCUUCUUAAAGCUCGACUAGCCAAGCUUCGGCGCGAGCUGAUAACGCCCAAGGGUGGAGGCGGUGGACCUGGUGAAGGUUUCGACGUUGCCAAGACUGGUGAUGCUAGGAUAGGGUUUGUAGGGUUCCCAUCCGUGGGCAAGUCUACGCUCAUGAACACGCUGGCGGGUGUUUUCUCCGAGGUGGCUGCCUACGAGUUCACCACGCUGACCACCGUGCCAGGUGUCAUCAAGUAUAAGGGGGCCAAGAUUCAGCUGCUUGACCUGCCGGGAAUCAUAGAAGGAGCCAAGGAUGGAAAGGGGCGAGGUCGACAGGUCAUCGCUGUGGCCCGUACCUGCAGUCUCAUUUUCAUUGUGCUGGAUGUGCUGAAGCCCCUCCAGCACAAGCGCAUUUUGGAGCGAGAGGUGGAAGGAUUCGGCAUCCGGCUCAACAAGGAGCCUCCGGCGAUUUCGCUCCGAAAAAAGGACAAAGGUGGCAUCAACCUGCAGAUGAUGGUGCCCCAGUCGGAGCUGGACAUGGACACCGUGAAGACUAUUUUGUCUGAAUACAAGAUCCACAAUGCUGACAUCACGCUACGAUGUGACGCUACUUCAGAUGACCUGAUUGACGUGAUUGAAGGGAAUCGCAUCUACAUCCCCUGUAUCUAUGUGCUUAACAAGAUUGACCAGAUUUCUAUCGAAGAACUGGACAUUAUCUACAAGAUCCCACAUUGUGUUCCCAUCUCUGCUCACCAUAAAUGGAAUUUCGAUGACCUUCUGGAAAAGGCCUGGUCCUACCUGAAGCUUAUACGCAUAUACACAAAACCAAAAGGCCAGCUGCCAGACUACGAAGCACCAGUUAUUCUCAGCCAGGAGAGAAGGACAGUGGAAGAUUUCUGCAACAAGCUGCAUCGUACCAUUAUGAAGGAGUUCAAAUGUGCCUUGGUAUGGGGUUCCUCGGUGAAGCACAAUCCACAGAAAGUAGGCAAAGAGCACAUACUAAACGAUGAAGACGUUGUCCAAGUGGUAAAGAGGGUAUGACAGGGAUGCUGCCAAGAUGGGUGUCUGGAGGUGUGCUGGUUCGUGAUACAGAAGAGCUUGCAGUGCACGUUGGCAGUGGCAGUGUCACUGUUUUCAAGCUCAAGAGAACUGCUGAUGUACAUAUGACACAGUCACAAUUGUGCCCGGAUGAAUGACAUGGCUGCUUCUGCCUUUACUACGACUAGUACACGCUGUGGCUCACACAGUGAAAGGGAAGCAUACCACAAGGAACUGUUCUCAAUUUUUAGGACACCUAACGACGUUGCAAACAGUAGUUCGUAAGAAUUUGUCUGGCAGGAUUGUCUUCAGUGUGUUUACUGCAGAUUCAGUCAAAUCUCUUGCACGUGCUGGACUAGUCCUAGAGAGGAACUGUACUUUGUUAUUUGUUUCUGCAGUGCAUCUUGGUGGAAUCCGCAUGUUGCUAUUUGUUUCAUUCAGUGCAGACUGUGCGAAAUGAAUUGAUAGCACUCCUUGCACUUCCAAGAGAGGUAGCGUAGGCUCCAUGCUCACAAUUCGUGAGAUGAACUGAGCGGACCUGGCAUGUGUACAAGUGUGAAGGGGAACACAAUGUUUGCAUUCAUCAUCCGCAACUUUUCUAGCCCUUCCUCUGAAAUUGGGAAAAUGCCACAGGGCAGGUUAUUUAUAACUACUGUUGCUGGUAGCAGACACCAAGGUUUGCGCCUUGCUUGACUGCAGGAAUCAUUGUUUGAACUCUGAUUGUUUCGUUUCCUCUCUUAGCACAGUGCAGAGCCUGGCCAACAACGGCCAGUCAGCCGUUGUUGGCCAGCCAGCCAACAACAGCUGACUGGCCUCAACUGUCUUGCAAAAGGCUGUACUUUUUAUUUCUGGCCAUUGUGUAGAAGGUACAAAACAUUUAGCACUAUUGUGUUGCACGACCCUUCCUUUUCUUUAUUAUUUUUUAUUAUUGUUCUCUUUUUUUUGCCACUGAGUGUCAGAAAAAAUUGCAGUAUUGGUGCUGUGGUGACGGAUGUCUGCCACCAGGUAGCAGCACUGUCUAAAGGAAUCUAGCAAAUGACCAUUUUGUUUAAAAUUACAUACAAAGACUCACCUAAAGUGGUGGGGAUAUUGGUAAGGUAAACUCGGCAGGCAAGCAAGCAGUCUUGUGGACUGACCUGUAUGCUUUCUGGUGCGGUACGGGAGCAAUAAUAGGUGCAGAUUUCAUGACAGUGUUGGAAACUUAAGCAGGCAUGUUUACGAUGUUCAUUAAGUAUUGCAGGGCCUCUUUAAUGGUGGUGCUGGUCAUUCAGCCAAACUAAAAAAUGUCGAGCACAUAUUAUCCUGUCACUUGCAAGCGGCAUUGCGGCAGACACCACAUUUGAUAUCUUCUAUCCCUCAUGCGAUAUAAUCUGCGCUGCUUGGUUAUUCGCUGCACUGCUGUUACAUUGGCAUUCUGACUUUCUAAUAAGCUUGCAUAUUGCUGGGAGAAACCGUUUACACAUUUUGCACAAUUUCAUUAAAAACAUCAAGGGCAUGAAGUUCGAUCAUGUUUCAUUGUCAGACAAACAGGGAGAAAGUUCAAAAUGAAAGUGACCUACUCAUCUAGCGUGAUAUAAUGCUACCCCCAAGUGUUUCUUUGAAUUUGUGUUCUAUUUUAUACCGUUGAAAGCAUAUCAAUAGAGUCCCCCACAAAUUGGUUGUAUUAUAAUGUAUACAUUAAGGUAAUGAGCAACUUAUCAAGCAUGUGUUGACCUCACUAUCACUAAACUGUCACAUCAAAACAAAAAAAGUUUAGAACCUUGCGGCCUUCUAUCUUGCAUCAAUUAAUAAAUUUGUAAUUUUCACAAUCUUC